AUGGGUGAGAGAAAAGUAAUUAGUAAAUACUAUCCACCAGAGUUUGAUCCCUCAAAGAUACCUAGAGCGAAAGGUGUGAAGAAGAGUAACACCAUCAAGGUUACCAUGAUGCUGCCAAUGAGCAUCCGCUGUAAUACUUGCGGUGAGUAUCUAGGUAGAGGUACAAAGUUCAACUCGAGGAAGGAGACAGUGGAAGGCGAGAACUACCUCGGUCUGAAGAUCUUUCGUUUCUACCUGCGCUGUAAGAAGUGUGCGGCGGAACUCUCGAUCAGAACCGACCCAAAGAACUCAGAGUACGUCUGCGAGAGUGGUGCAACGCGUAACUACGAGCCGUGGCGAGAGACCGAUGAAGAUAGAGAAGAGCGACUGAAGCGCGAGAAAGAAGAGGAGGGCGACGCCAUGAAAGCACUUGAGAAUAGAACACUCGAUUCGAAACGUGAAAUGGAGAUACUGGAUGCACUCGAUGAACUCAAAGAUAUCAGUGCGCGAAACGCAGAGAUCGACCCAGAGAUGUUGUUGCAAUACAGUCUGCGGAAACAAGAGGAACUAGAUCAAAUCAAUGAUCUCGAAGAUCAAGCGUUGAUCUACGAAACAUUUGGAAAGUCUGGCGGUGGUGGUGGUACUGGUGAUUCAAGCACACUGUCAAUCAAGAGAAUAGAAGAUAAAGAUCCACCAUUAACAGAUCUAUUGGAAUCAGAAACAUCUUCAUUAGAACAACAAGAUAACAAAAAGAAAGAGAAAACAAGUUUAUUAAAAGGUAUAAAAUUAACAGUUAACAACAAUCAAGAUAAUAAUAAUAAUAAUAAGAAAAGAACAAUUAAUCAAGUUGAUAAUGAAUCAAAAGAAAAUGAAUUAGAUAAGAAAUUGAAACCAACGACGACAACGACAACACCAACACAAACAACAUCUUCAUUAUUUGCAGAAUAUGGUUCAGAUGAUGAAGAUGAUUAG